AUGGAGGAAAGACCGGCAGAGACCAACGCCAAUGUGGACAACUCCUCACCCCCCUCAGUGGCCCAGCUGGCAGGGCGCUUUAGGGAGCAGGCAGCUGCAGCCAAGGAGACACCAGCCAGUAAGCCAACAAGAAGGAAGCCGCCCUGCUCUCUCCCCCUGUUCCCCCCCAAAGCAGAGCUGGGCCAGAAUGGUGAGGAGAAAUCAGCGCCCAAUGCUGGCCACCCUCCUAAGAUCAAAGUGAAGAGCUCACCUCUGAUAGAGAAGCUUCAGGCCAAUUUAGUCUUCGACCCCACAGCCCUGCUGCCUGGGGCCUCACCCAAGAGUCCCGGCCUCAAGGCGGCCGUGUCCCCUUUUCACAGCCCGCCUUCCACUCCCAGCAGCCCCGGCGGGCGGUCUCGGGCCAGCGAGCCAGAGGAGGUGCCCGUCAGCUUCGACCAGCCUCCUGAAGGCAGUCAUCUGCCCUGCUACAACAAGGUGAGGACACGGGGCUCCAUCAAAAGGCGCCCUCCCUCCAGGCGGUUCCGAAGGUCUCAGUCCGACUGUGGGGACCUUGGGGACUUCCGGGCCUCAGAGUCAUCUCAGGAGAAUGGAGCCAAGGAAGAGCAUGGGGAUGAAGUGUUCACAUCCAAGGGCAGGGCCCCAGGAAGCCCUCCGUCCAGCGAUGGGGCCGUGGGAAAGGAAGCGAGGCGAAGCCUGGGGUUGGAGAAGCCCCCUCUGAGAAGGACUUCCAGCAGAACGGAGACACUGAAGGAGAAGGGCAGGGCGGCAGAGCAGGGGCAGCAGAGCCCAGCCCAGGGGGAGGCCACAGCACCCCCCCUAACCUCCAGCCCAAAGGCAGAGAAUGGGUGUGAGACUCCCCCGGAGGAAACCACAGCCGGAGAGGCAGCAGAGACGGAAAAGGCUCUGGUGGUGAAGGAGGAGAAAGCAGGGAAUGAGGAGGAUACACCGGGGCAAAAAAGCCAAGAGGCCAACAAGUUGGAGGCGAGAGCUGUGGAAGGAGAGGCCUCCCCAAGUCCCUCUGGAGAAAUGGAGGGUGCCAACCCCUCCGAGCAGGAGAAAGACAAGGACAAGCCCAAGGAUGGGAGUGGAGUUCUUGAGACAAGAUGCCACCCUGAGGCGGACCCGGCCCAGGUGGAAACAAGCAGCAAAGCCCUGAGUGGGGGUGCAGACCCCAUAGCAGAGGAUGACACCGCUGACCAGGACACUAGAAUGUGAAGAAGAGCUUAUUGCGCCCUCGGGUUGAAGCUGCUCAGGAGAUCUCUUUAGAAGCAGCAGCCACCCCCGCAGCACCAGCCAAUAAAGUCAUCACAGAAGCUGACUCUGCUGCGGGUCCAGAGUCAGCCUGAAGACACCGUGCGUCGCUUCCUGGUCUGCACAGCGCCCCCUGGAGGGUGGAGACUGACUGAGGGCAGUAGACAGACUCUUAUCAGCUAAAGUGUGGAUCAGGGUGUCACUUGAUGGACUUGCUAUAGAACAAACAACAAAAAGAAAUGUAUUUAAAAUCAUUUACUACGGUGACAAGUACCCAGGGCAGCCUGUAGGCAGCCUGUGGGGUCCCAGAUACCUCUCUCCCUGCAGCUGACCUCUGAACGGGGCUCUGAUUUAGCAUCUCGGAUUGUGCUUAUUCCGCUUAUGCCAACUGGGUUCUGAUUUAGCAUCUUGGAUUCUGCUUAUUCUGCUAGCCAUUUUAACACUCCUAGCAUUCUGCCAGUUCUCAAAUUGUAAGCCAAAACUAAUUUCAGGGUGACUAGAAACAAAAGGGAAGGGUCCUGCUGACAAUACAGAUCUUUCUAAGUUGCAGAAGACCUUACCUUGUACCGGGACUCUUGAGGCAGCCUUCCAGCUUUGUCCCAGUUUGAACUGGCCAAACCAUUUUGAACACCUUGGGCUGAGGAGAUAAUGAUUGGAACAUGGAAAUCCUGGUGUGUCCGUUCCCCUAUUGCAGUUUUCUAGUUGAUGGCGCCCACAGGAGGUGACUGUCUCCACUUCCUCCCUGUCCCACCUUUGGGAAGUCUGUGAAAGCAGGGACCCCGCCCCCCCGCAGGCUGCCCACGUCUGCCCAGGGACAGGCAGACCGAAGUCAAGAGGUUUCAGUUCCCUGCACUGCAUGUCCCCCUCCUGAAAGCACAGCAGUAGAUAGUAGCUGCCCUCUGAUUUUUCCUUUGAGGAUACGUCUUCUAUUUCUAGAAGAUUACCCUUGAGCAUGGAGUAGAUAUUUCCUGGCAGGUGCUUGGAGCACACCAUGCUGUGCAAGCUGUGUAAUCAUCCCUGGCAUCCCUGGGAAGCUUUCCUUAAAUCUCAGCCCAGGAUCUUCCUCCCGGCUCAGGAGCAGUGAGUGGGGGUCUUCGUCAGUUCUCACUGAGCAGCUCUUGUUCUGUUUGAAGAGUGCAAGAGGCUUCACAAGGCACAGUGGGCCCGACUGCCCCUUCCUUGACUUCGAUCUCCUUCCCUCUUCCUGGAAAGAGCCCCUUGUCCUUGAGGCUGGUCUGACUCAUUGUGAUCAUGUGAUAAGGUUUCCAAAACCCUAACUCUUUAUGGGAGCAGAGGCCCUAUCUUUCUCCUAGCUGGAGGGUUUGAACUGCCAACCUUGCCGUUGAGCUGUUGACUGCUUCUCCGACAGCACCGAAUUGCAACUCCAAACACAUGUCUGACCAGUAGGGUUGGUCCUCAUUCUGAUUGGACUCUUUCGGUAUCUCAAUGUGCUAGUUUAUUAUGUAAAACUGUUAUUUUUCUGGAGGCCUGUUAGACCACACUUCACAGUGAAUUAACAAAAACAACAACCCAACAACCAUAGAUGAACAGGUCUAAUGUCACCCUGGAUACCUCAGUUUUCUCAUUCUACUUGCAAUUUUUUCUAACUCCAGGAUAGUGUUAAUAUUGAUGAUAUAUAUAUAUAUUUUUUUUCAAAACUAUUUUAAAACAUUAUGCAUUUUUAAGACUUGUUAUCCAAUUGAAAUGGGCAUACUCCUAGCUAUACGCUUUGAUUUUUUAGCAGAAUUUGGGAGAGGUGUGUGUCAGAUAUUUUGUGGUCUGUAUAGUAUGUCUCUAUCUUUUUGAUAGACAUGUAUACCCCCCUAAGGAAUACAUGGUAUUAUUUAUGCAUAUCUUUGGACUGUUUAUACAUUUAUGUACAUUCAGGCAAGAGUUUUGUGGAUAUGUCCAAGAUCAUGUGUGUGUGCCAUUAAAGGAGUAUCUACUA